CUGCACUGUAAACUAGCUUACGGCCAGCUAGAGCUUCGGUUCUCUCCAUUUUUGAGCAAACAAGGAAGCGGCUGGAAAAGAGCUGAGUAUGCCUUCUGAAUAUUUUAGCUAGUGUUUUGUUUUGUUUUGUUUUUUUUUCGUUUUAAAAAGGUAGUCCGCUGGGACAGCAGAUUUCCAAACCAGUUCAUUGCUCUCGAUUGUCCUUGGAUUUGACCUGCUUAACUACUGACAUCCUGAAUAGGAUUUGCGGUUCGUCAAUGAGGAACUACAGGCUCAUCUUUUGCCAUAACCUGAAGCAGCCAUAGAUGAUCUUUCGAUUCACUGCUAGUGAGUGGAGCAGGCGAUAAGGUGAACUUCUGGGUUUUUGACGUAGUACAAGCGUUUGCCUGUGCCCCGCCCACGGUGGCACAUACGUGUCAGCGGACUCGUCAGCGUGACCGUGGCCUCUGUGUGUCGGCCGUGCAGAGUGACUGAAGCAGCCCGGCUGUGGAAGCGAUGAGGAAGAGCCUCUCUCCUUCCCUCAGUGACUCCCUUAACACUGCCAGGGUGUUUGGCGUCCCCCUGGAGGAGGUGGUGCAGAGCGGGCAACCGGGGCAGGAGGUUCCCCUACUGGUCAGGACAAUUGUGGAGUACAUUGAAGAGCAUGGUGAGUUGGACCUUGAAGGCCCUUUCCUGGUAAAUGGGAAUGCGGAGCGUGUGGAAUGGCUUCGGCAGCGCUAUGACAGCGGUGAAGAGGUGAACUUGGCGAAGGAGGCCGACCUGGCGUCUGCUGUCAGCCUGCUGCGUCUCUUCCUGCAGGAGCUGCCAGAGCCCAUCAUACCUGCAGCCCUGCAGACAGGCAUGCUGCAGCUUUACCAAGAGUACAAUAGCGAGGAGGAGUUGGCUAGAAACAUGAAGUACUUCCUGCAGCAGCUGCCCCAGGUCAACUACAGCCUGCUCCGUUUCCUGUGCCGCUUCUUGUCCAGUGUGGCCUCACUUCAGGAGGAGAGCUGGAACAUUGGUGCACUCGCUGCCGUCUUUGGUCCCGACAUUUUUCACUUGGAUACAAACAUGGAUGACCUGAAAGAGCAAGAGUUAGUGAGUCGACUCCUGACCGAGCUGCUCGAGAACUGGGAGGACCUCUUUGAGACCGAAGAGGACAACAUAUCCACCACCAAUGACUUCAGCUCCAUUAACGAACAGAUCACUGAGCUCCUUGAAGAUGAGAAGUUAGAAGUGUGUGAGGAACUUCCACAAGAUGGCGAGGAUGGACCUUCCCCACUCUGCCCCAAACACCCCUGUGUCUCCCCCUCUUCCAGCCCACACAUCUCUUCCAUCAGUAUUCUUCCAGGAUCUGCAGAUAUCCUCCACAGGACUAUCCGUGCAGCAGUUGAGCAGCAUUUGUUGGACCUGCAAAGCUCUAUAGACCAGGAUCUCAGCAGCUAUGGGAACCAGGGCUCAUCCUGCCAACCCAGCCAAGGAAAUGGUCCCAUUGAGAAGAUGGCAGAGCCAGAAGAGGAUGAAGGAGAAGAUGAGUCUGACUCUCCGAGCACUGCAGAGGCAGACCAGUCUGUAGAAGUCAAUGAGGCAUUUCAAGCUUUCCAGCCUGGCAGCCUCUCACUUAAGGAAAGUUCUAGAAUGGACCUCAACACGGAGGAUCUCGUGGAUGCUGAGAACAAUAUCAACACAAGUUCAAGACUAGAAGUGUACCCAUUGUGGGAGCACAUGGACCAGACUGAUGUCACCACCUUGGACUCCGCUUUGGAUACACGUGAUCCAAACGCUAACACGGAGGUCAUGGAGGAGCCUGGCCAGUUGGCCCGCACCAACCACAUCCAGCUUGGUUCUGUUCCCGCUGAUGGAACGUGGGAAGCAUCAUGUCCCAACACUUUCCCCCUCAUAGACUUCACAUGUAUGCACCUGCAGAAGGAAGGGCAUGACCCUGUGCCAGUGUUCAUGUCGUGGCAGGAGGACAGUGAGUGUGGAGAGGCCCAGCUGUCUCCCCUGGCCGGGCGCAUGCUGCCCCUCCCCCUGGAGGAGGACACCCAGCCGCUGCUGGCCCGCCGCUUCCUCGACUUCGGGCACACCCAGCGCUUCCUACAGCAUGACUCAGAUGCCACGUCCCCCUCCAAAGCACUAUCCUACGGGAGGCCUCGCCGGGCCUCCUUCAGUUGCCGAGAGAGUGUGAAGGGAGACACAGUCUCUCAGCAACUCACCAAGAAGCUCCAGAACCUCAAGAAAAAAAUCAAGCAGUUUGAAGAGCAGUUUGAGAAAGACAAGAACUAUAUGCCGUCUCAUGCCGACAAGGCUGCUAAUCCCAAGGUCCUAAAGUGGAUGACCGACCUCACCAAAAUCCGCAAACAGCUUAAAGCAGGACGACAGCACCUUUUACCCAAAGGGUCCCUGAGGCACCAGGCAGUGCUUCAGUCACACAGACGUCACUCCUCCGCCCCGAACACAUCUCAUUUUACACUGUCCCGUCCCCUCAAUGCCUCUAGACAGGCAAGCCACUUCUAUGUGAAACACAAGGGCGAGAGUGAGCUGAGCCCAAAGACACGGCCCCGCAGUAACACGCUGCCCAAGAGCUUCGGCUCCACGCUGGAGCGAGCUCCUGGCAGCUUCGCCGAGCAGGACAGCGAGGGCUGCGUGGGCCGCCCCACCUGCGAGGACACGCUCGAGCUUAUCCAGCAACACAUCAGAGGCAAGCGAGAGGAGGACGGCUGGCCAGAGGACAUCAGAAAAAUGACCAAGGAGCAGCUUUCUUGUGAGAAGACGAUGCUGCAGAAGAACCUGCUGUAUUACGAGGGCCUACACGGCCGCCCUGUGACACGUGAGGAACGCCUGAUAGUCAAGCCCUUGUAUGAUCGGUACCGGCAGGUGAAACAAAUGCUCACUCGAGUCAGCAUCACGCCCAUUAUUGCAUCUCCCUCCAGCAAGAGGCGCAACCAGACCCUCCAGCCCAUCAUUGAGGGAGAGACGGCCCACUUCUGUGACGAGAUCGAGGAGGAAGAGGAGGAGGAGGAGGAGGAGGAGGAGGAGGAGAGCAACGGAAAGGAGCACGAUAGCGGAGUCCUGCCGGGCGAGGAGUCCGAGGUGAUCAUCGCCCUGGACCCGGCAGCCCGGCCCAGCUCAGAGCAGCCUCAGUUCGACAGCAUCCUGAGGCCUAAGAUGGAGAGCUCGGGCAAGAUGACCCUGGACCUGCGUCUGUCCAGCUCCAACGCCUCGUCUAUGCCUGAGCUCCUGGAGCAGCUAUGGAAAGCCCGAGCAGAGAAGAAGAAGCUCCGGAGGACCAUCCGUGAGUUUGAGGACCAGUUCUACCAACAGAAUGGAAGGAACGUGCAGAAGGAGGACCGCGUGCCCAUGAUGGACGAGUACAAGGAGUACAAGCGCAUCAAAGCCAAGCUGCGCCUGCUCGAGGUCCUCAUCAGCAAGCAGGACUCCUCCAAGUCCAUCUAGGGCCUGGCCAGCCUGACAUCACCCCACAGCCCCGUCCCCUCCCCACCUGUUACUGCUGCUCCCAACCUCACCUCCUCAAAGACACCAUGCCCCAGUGCUGCUGAGGAAGGGGAACAUUCACACCUUUUGUCCUGCUGCCUAACAGCCACUCACCCUUCCUGUCUUCCUUUUGUGUAACUCAGACUGAGGAUGUUGGGAUUUUUUUUCUCUCCUUUUUAUCUCCUCUGGGUGUGACAUUGAGACUUGGGUUUCUCUUUCCUUCUCGCUUCAUGUCAACCUUGUUUUCUCAUAGUGAGAAAACUUUUAAAGUGGAGAGGGACUCGCUCGGCGUUGCAGCCCACGACGUGUUUGAACGGCUCAAACAGAACUCCCGACCACGGCCGUGGUCAGCACCUUUAACAGACUCAUGCUACAGGCUUCUAGCUGCCUCCCCAAACACUGGGGAUCUUUUUUGCUGUUGGAGCACGCGCAUUUGGACAGGCUUCUGUGUCUACACUCAUGUAAAUCCUUUAUUUAUGCACAACAGCGAUGCAUAAUGUACGCGUUACCGUAUGUCUUGACAAACGCAAAGGCGUUACUUACAGACACUGUAUUGUAAAUUAAUAUCAGUGGUUUUCUUUCUUAGCUCUUUUGGCUCAAAACGUUGGUGCUCUUUUCUCUUUCCUUUCUAAUAAUGUACACUUGGACUCUCAGUCAAGCUUGAACCGGCAUACAGAAGACAAUUUAAAUGCUGCAAGCUGGACUAUCAUAUAGUAUUCCCUAAUUUCUGGCUGCACUAGGCUAAUAUUUUAACAUGUAUCUAGAUGUGUAAUUUAUUUAUAUAGCUAGUUUCCAUAUUCCUGCUUUAGAUUCCAGUUUCUCUUGGCUCUGUGGAUUGACUGGAUGGGAGAGUGAAUAUGCCAAAUGCACAGGAGCAGCUGCCAUGAGGCUGGUGUUAAGAGUGAGGUCAUGUCCACCAUCAGUCAUGGAGUCCUGUGCUCACUGCGCUCUCUCUCCCAUGCGGUCAGGUCGUAGCUCAUCCUGUGGCUGGAGGGCCCCAUGGCCGCACUCGAGAGUGCAUAGCAGUGUUGCACUCACGCCAGCCCUGCUUAGUGCCAGCAAGACACUUUGCCCUGGGAAGGCACGCCGUCAGAAAGCACCGGCCAAAGCACUGGGCGGGGCUGCUAAUGGCUGGCUACCCUUCCACCUACAUUCCAUCAGCAUCAGCUAAGCUCAGCAAGAGCACGCUGCAGCCCUGCCGUUCACCUCGCUUGUUCAUCGUCGCGCUGUUUUUAAAAUGGCGGCUUCGUUGGGAUUUUAUUAUCAAAGGCACAGAGGAAUCGAGAAUGGCUUUAAGUCAAAGUUCAGGCAGUUCCUGCAGUGCUACUGGUUUCCUGGUUAAGGAGAAAAACCUCCACAUUACCUGAUCCACUUACUGUACACACCUGCUUCGUGGUGGCAUUUUAAGGGCCUAACGCUGGUCAUCACUGAUCCAUGAGCAUCCCAGGAUAAGAGCAAUGUAUCACAACGACAACAGUCAUGUAUCACCUUGUGAGUUAAAUCAACCUUUUACUGUAGAUGCCUUCAUGUAUCUAAAGUUGUUUUCCCUGCUUGACUGGAACAACUCUAAAGUGAAGGGCACUUUUUUGGACAUAUUUGCGUUCAGCUAUGGGCAUUAGGUAGCACAGCAGAAAGCACUUCUUGUAAUGGGAGACAGUCUGGGGAUUCGUGUCAGAGAUGUGUGACAAUGACCUGUCAUUGCUCCAGUGUUUUGGGAUUAAAAAGGCUAACUCCAAAGAUGCACUUGAUGAGCUUGUAGCUGUUGAAGCCGUGGAGGUCAAGUUCAGAAUACAGAUCUGAAGUGGAUGAAAACAGGAUGGGUUCUGAAUUUGUGUGGGAGCUAAUAAACAUUUAUUUGCACAGCAUUCUGAGAAUGCAGCCCGUUUGUUGCAGUUUAUUAAAGCACUACUAGUGUCUGAAGGAUGUUAUUUCUCGCAUGUUAAACCCAUAUGUAUCACUUUGUGAUUGUGAUAAUGCAGAUGUCCUUUUUUUAAUGAGCAGUACUUUGUACUCAUUUUGUAACUUUCACCUUCAACAAUAUAUACUUCUCUACAGUGUAGUAGCUGCUUGUAUUAGCUGAGCAUCUGUUUUGUUUUGUAAAAGCUGGUUAGUAGUGAGUUUGCAUGGCAAGUAUUUGUAUUUGUUUUAGUGCCAUGAAAAAAGCAAUAACUUUAGCAUUGAGAUUGAGGUCUUUAUCAAUGGAAUGAGAGGCCUUCUGUAUCCACUAUGUGCAUUUUGAAUAAAUGGCUUGUUAGUCUU